GUGAGUGGUAAACGACGGGCUUGCUUGAGAUACUGUCAGCAAUGAUUAUGUAGAUUAUUUUUUCCUUAAAAUUAGUAUUAUAACGUGAAUAAAGCAGAAGCACUCUUUCCAUUUUAUGUUGGGGAUUUUUCCUCUCCAUGGCUUUCCUCCUUAUACCCAUUGUGUAAGAUUUUUUCCGGAACUGGGAUCUUCAGAAUUGUGCAAGGAAAACUGAACUAAUGGCAGGGCUACGAAUUUUCUGAUUGGCUGUAUUAACUACAUCUAUCUCUUCGCCUUUGCAUAGUUAGAAAACGUGUGAACGCGAGCACAUAUAUCGACACAACCAUCGAAAGGCGUUACACGGCGCAAGGACAAUGGCCUCCACGUUUUUGUAUUUUAUUACAUUUGGAAUUCACCAACAGGUGCAAGCAAACCAGAUGAUCACUCCUCUUAUUUUGUGUUUUUUUACAUAUGCGAUUCAUCAGCAAGUGCAAGCUUGUGGCGGUGAAUACACUUCACUCACUGGUCUCAUAUCGUCUCCAUUGUACCCGAGUCAGUACCCGCCUGACCAGGACUGUGUUUACAUCAUCAGAGCACCAAGAGGAUAUCGGAUCACCUUGACCUCUGUCCGUUUUGAACUCGCAACUGAUAGUAAUAGUUGCCAGCAGGACUAUGUGCAGAUUAGAGAUGGCGAGUUAUGGACGUCACCAUCUUUGGGUAUCUACUGCAACACCACAGGGUACACCAGACGAUCAUCAUCAAACACCAUGUGGAUCAAAUUCCAUUCUGACUCAUCUCAGUCCGCAGCUGGCUUCCAAGCGAGCUACACUGCAGCCAUAAUUCCCCUAAAGUUUCUCCUUGUUACCGAAUCUCCGCUAUCGGCGUAUGUGGCUAUUCUUUACAUCGACAUCGACACGAUCACCAAUUUUGCCAUUCCUCUCGAUGGACUACGAGACCCUGCUGCUGUUGACUACGACCCGAUGACUGGUCGUGUCUACUGGACAGACAAUGUGGAGAAGACCAUCCGAACAUCGAAUCUUAACGGCAGUGAUGCUCGGCUUGUUCGCUAUUUAGGAUUGGACUCCAGGCCAGACGGCCUGUGUGUAGACUCACUGUCCAGGCUCAUCUUCUACACAGACGCAGGCAAUAAAGUCAUCGGCAUGAUCACCAUGUACAGCAACACUCAUCGAAUAGUCAUCAACUCCUCACUUGACAUGCCGAAGGACAUCGAGCUUGACAAACGCAAUGGGGUGAUAUACUGGAGCGACCGUGGCGCCACACCUACCAUAGAGCGAGCCAACUAUGACGGUACAGGACGUCAGACUCUGGUCUCAGGGGGCGAGUAUCUCAAACAACCGAACGCCAUCGCUCUCGACACAGUUGAAGGCAGACUGUACUGGGCAGAUGGUGGCACACAGAAGGUAGGCUGGGUGGACCUGGAAGGGAGGAAGAUUUCGUUGAUUCAACAACAACCAGGAUUAGUCUAUCACGGCAUGGACCUCUAUCUCAAUGACUUCUUUGUGACGGACGGGAGCUUUCUUAAUCUCACUCAGUGGGUAAAAACACGCAUAUUUCGCUAUGGCAAGGACGGCAGUAAUGGAAAAAACUUGUUCAGCCACCCCUCAAAAUUAAAUGACAUCCGUGUCUACGCUGAGGAAAUUGAAGAUAAAGGGCCAAACGGAUGUGGAAGCAACAACGGUGGUUGUAGUUACAUCUGUGUACCCACACCUGGCAACAGAAGUAAAUGUCUCACUGAGGACGGAGGAUCUACGAAAGGUGAAACUCCAGCUACUGGCAGCUCAUCAAAAGCAAGUGAUCCCACCAUACCAGCAGAAGCAGAGUCUGUGAACACCAAGAUCAUCAUUGCUGUCGGUGUUGUGGCCGCUGUCGUAGGAAUAAAUUUCAUUAUCACACUCGUCCUUUGCUUCAAAAUAAGAAGUCAAAGCAAUCGCAAAGAACAUGUGGCUUUCACGAAGAGAUAUAACAAACCUAAAGUCACACUGGAGCCAUCGACAGUCACAACAAAUGGUAUGCCAGCUGUUGAUGACGAAGACAUUUACCACAGCCCUCAAUUCUGUUAUAGAGAGGACAACUCUAAUGACGCAGCAGUGGAAAGAAAGUCGAAUUCAAAAUAACUGUGUACUAAAAGAUCAAGACUUUUCAUAGAUCGUGCUGAGGAAAUAUAGAGGGACAGGGAAAUAAUCACCAUCAUUGAGAGGAAAGAAAUCAGACAGGAUCCACUUGGAGCACAGAAGAAAUGAAAUAUAGUAGUUUGAAAAUACACUCUGACUUUGUCAAUUGAUUAGUACGUUUGAUUUAUAUUUGCCUAUAUUUUGUGUCAUAUAUGAAACAUGUAUCGUCAUAUUAGUUUACCUCUCACGACUUAUUUACACUGAGCUGUGUCUCCUUUAAUUUAUAUCCUGCUGCUCUGCAUUGAAACCUAUUCUACGUUUUCACUCGUUCUUUACGAAUUUGUUCAUGCUCUUACCAACCUUAAUGCAUUUCCACAAAGUUCUUGAGAAUGAUUGGCAGAUUUGAGAAGGACGCAUCUUUUAACACGUAGUCUUUUCGUCCUCUCAGAUAUCCUCCGUAUAUUCUGUACAACGAGUGUCAACUCAUUGUUAAAGAUUUAUAAAACAUAAUUGAAAUUGAUGGCAUUGAGGUCAGCUACAUAAAACAACAAUGAUUUGUAAAGAUUUGUGACAUUGCUUAAAACAGCUUUAGAUGAAACUUUAUCAAAGUUGAAUCGCUUAUUCAAGGGACAGGACCCAGAGAUUUUUCUGAUAUUUGUUUUUUUAGUUUUUGAAUCUGCACUUCUGUAUUUUUUCUGACUAAGAUAUUCAGCUUGUGCACAAACAUUUACUGAAAAAAUUAAAUAGUUCUGUUAUCAAAGGGUCUGUCAAUGAAUUAAUUUUGCUAACUUCUGUGUUAUAUUGCUUAAGCUUCUUAACUUUUUAGUUGAGUGAAGUUUGUUGUUUGCGUUGUUUAUGAUUGUGAUUAUGAUUGUGAU